UCGAGAUAUUUUGCAAUGCCUUCACAAAUAUCUCGUUGGCCCCGCGGCACGGUGCCAUCAGCCAUCGCGGGCGACCGCGCGCCAUUAUAGCACACGGGGCACGGCACGCCUUCGGCCUCCCACUAACUGCACAGAGGACGACGCGGCAGCGAGGAGGAAGCAAAGGAAAGGGGAUAUGUCGAGGCCGCCCAACAGGAGCGACGCGCACCUCUCCGCCGAGGACGAGGCGGCGCUGGAGGCCGAGGUGCGGGAGUACUACGACGACGCGGCGCCAAAGCGCCACACCAAGCCCUCCCGCAGCGAGCACUCCGCCGUGUACGUCGACGCGCUCGUCCCGGACGUCGGCGGCAACUCCCACCCGGAGCUGGACAAGUUCCAAGAGCUGGAAGCACACACCGAGAGGUUGGUGUACGAGGGCGCCAAUGUGGGAGAUGAGUUCGUGGAGACGGAGUACUACAAGGACCUCGGCGGCGUCGGCGAGCAGCACCACACGACCGGAACGGGUUUCAUCAAGAUGGACAAAGCUAAAGGCGCCCCCUUCAAACUGUCUGAAGAUCCCAAUGCAGAGGAGCGACAUGCUUCUUGCAGGGGAAACCCUGCUACCAACGAGUGGAUCCCGUCAGCUAACACGGUGUACCCGGCGUCAGACAAGCCAAGCAGAAGCGACAGCUGAGGGACUGUAUAUCUCCAGCCAUGAGAAUUCAGACGGGUGCUUUCCACCAUUACCAUUAGAAUAAGGAACCACACUGGUUGUCCACCGUAUCUUUACUGUUCUGCGUCGAGAUUCUUGUGAUUCUUACAUGGAACAAAUUAAGCGUGCUACGAGUUAGACCUCUGUGUUCUGGCUGUAAAUGGCAAGGAAUAAAGUUCUAAUCGUGGUUCAGCAGUC